UCAUUGUCAAUACCAAAUACUGUCAAACGUCAAACAAAAGUUUAAAUCAAAUCAAAACAAGCAUGAGUGUAGGAUAAUCCUAAGACUCCCGUGUCAUGUUAUUAUUAUAGUAUUUUAAGAUUUAUGAGAGACAAACACUCGGUAAAAUGAACCAAAAAGCUGUUAUAAAGUUGUGUAAAGAUUUAGGAUGCUGUGACGCAUGUUGCCUUAGGUAUUUAGGACUUAAGAAUCCAACAGCAUAUGAGAAUGUUCAAGAGUUUGUUCACAAAAUUUGUGAAGAAAGUGGCAAACAUGCACAAGACACAGAGACAAGAGACCUGCCCACACAGCUGAGUGAAUCAACGGCUGAGCAGAACUCAACACAUCAAUGUCCGGAGCCGCCUGCAAAGCGAAUCAAAGUUGGUGGUAUCUGUGUCAGCUGCUUGGGAGUGCUUCAGGAAGAGAAUUGGCAGCCAUGUUGUGACAUGGUCAAAGAAGUGUUGGACAAGAAGGGGUACGAGUGCGAGACAUUCGCGUGCGCACUGUCCGCGCCCAUCGCCGCGCUCGUGCGCGAGCGGCUCGUGGCGCUGCAGCUGAAGCACGACCUGCUCGAGUACGACGACUCGUCGGUGACGCCCCUCAAGGAGGCGUGGAAGUGGUCAUUCGGGGUCCGGCUGGCUGAACACGUCGGCAAAACGCUGGACUCGGGCGCCGUGUCUCCGCUGCUGAUCACUCUGCACAUGGAGUAUCCGGACGAACUGCAGGAGCUGGAGGCGCUAAAGGCGCUGGCGCCGGCGCUGUUCGAGGCGAGGCGUGCCGCCGGCCGUCGCUUCGGGGUGGAAGCAGGCGCUGGGGGCGCCACCCGCGCGGCGCUGGCGGCCGCCGGCGUGGCGGGCGGGGCGCCGGCCGUGCGCGCGCGCUGCGUCAGCGUGGCGUGUGCGCACGCGCCGCUGUACCUGGCGGGGCGCUACGUGAAGCUGAGCCGCGCGCUGCCGCAGACGCCGUGGCUGGUGAACGGGCGCCGUAUGAUGCACUCGUCGGUGCAGGAGAUUAUCUUCGAGCCCAUUGCGGCGCUGUACGGCCUGAGCCCGGAGGCCGCGGAACACCGACUGAAGUUCAUGUCGGCGGGGCGUGAGGACGUGGACGUGCGCUGUCUCGGCGACGGUCGGCCCUUCGCAGUCGAGGUAACGGAUCCAACACGGCAGCCAAGCGAGGCGGAGCUGAAAGAGCUGUGCGAGCAGAUCUCGGUGGGCGGACAGGUCGUGGUCCGCAGCCUCGUGCCCAUACACAGGGAACAACUGGCGCUGCUCAAGAAGGGCGAGGAGACCAAGUGCAAGACGUACGAAGCGUUGUGCAUCAAACUGUCGCACUCUCGCGACGACUUGGCCGAGGGCGGCGGCGACGUGCGCGUGACGCCGCGCGACAUCGCGGCCCUCAACGCCUACCGCAACACGCCGCCCGGCGACAGCGCGCGCGUGCAGCUCACCCAGCGCACGCCCAUCCGCGUGCUGCACCGCCGCCCGCUGCUGGCGCGCGCGCGCCGCAUCCUGGAGCUGCGCGCGCGCGCCGUGCCCGCGCAGCCGGCGCUGCUGGCGCUGCGCGUGCGCACGGAGGCGGGCACGUACGUCAAGGAGUGGGCGCACGGCGAGCUGGGCCGCACGCGCCCCAGCCUGGCGGACGCGCUGGGGGCCCGCGUCGACAUACUGGCGCUCGACGUGGCCGCCGUCGAGUUGCCGUGGCCGCCCGCGCCCGACGACAAGGCACCGAGCGACCAAUAAAGCAAUGACCUACAAUCACCUGUCUAUGAUUCCUCCUCCUCUACCACGGACCACUCACAAACACUCGAGCUCGAGCGCUCACCUCUACAGUAUACAGUUGUCGUACACGCGACGCUGUAUCUAUCCAAACAUCAAAGAGCAGUGGCGCAAUAUAUUCAUAUUGUUUGUCAUUGAGUUAAACCCAAAGAAAACAAUCUCCAGUUUAGUAAUUUGGUAGUUCUGCCUGCAAUGUUUUCCGGGAGUUUUGAAAACGGCCAACUUUGUAGAUUUUGAUGUUUUUUUCGAUUUCCAUUUUGCACCUUUGCACUGGCACCCAUAGACUAUACAGACUCGAACUGAAGUGAGCUCCGCCGAGUGCGACUCUGACGCCACGACUCUGCCUAAGCGCACCAGAAAUCCGCUAGGUGGCGCGCUUGCAUUCCAUUUAGCGUCCAUAGGUACUCAUGACGUGUGCGUUACCCAGGCCAGAUGUUGUCGAAAAUGGUCAUUAUCUAUAAGAUUCAAAUUACCAUUUUCGACAUCUGGCCUGGGUAACGCACACUAAAAAACGGAUAAAAAACCGACUUCAAAAAACCAAAAACUAAUAACAAAGAAAAAGUCAAAACUAAAAAGAAAAAGAUAACUAUCAUUAGUACUGAUAGGUUACCCACCCACUGAGGUCGGCACCACACCUAUGCAGAUUAUAAGUGACCAGACAAAUAGGUGUAAAGUUGUAAUCAAUACAAAUUAUACAAGCCCAAACACAAAGUAGUUACUGUUUACCGUUGAGGAGUUUUCUUAACAAUUACACUUCUUCAUCAUCAGACCCUUAAUGACAGUACCACUCUAUCUAGGUGUAAAUUGCUCAUCAAUACAAAUUAAUAGACGCAUUACUCGCUCCUAGAAUUUUCGAAAGUUCCCCUCAGUUUCCCUAGGAUCCCAUCAUCAGAUCCUGAUCUCAUGGAAAUGGGACCAUCUCGGGAGUAUACCCUUUCAAACAAAACAAGAAUUUUCGAAAUCGGUUCUCAAAUGGCGGAGUAAUGUGCGAACUAACAAAAAAAAAAACAAUCAGCCGAACAUAGUACCUACCUCCUCCUUUUUUUGAAGUCGGUAAAAACCCGACUUCACUACGUCUGGAAUAACCACCUAACAACCUAUCUACCUAAUACAACGUAUUUAGCGAAAACAUAUAUCAAGGUUUAAAUCAAAAUAAAUGAUCAACAGCCAUCAAGAUUUUCAAGAUAACCAUAAUUUAUACACUAAGUGUCGCCAAGUGUGGAUAGUCACUCGCAAGUACUCCAGAGUCACAAGUCAGCCACGACUGUAGUUUCAUUAUACCUCUAUAGACUCGAGUCCCUGCCCCAGUAACGACUACGACUAGCACACACGGUGCAGUAAAAUAAAUAUAAUGUUUUACCCUUACAUGUACCAACUCACUACUGAAAGGCCCUAAUUAUAACAAAUCCUAAACACAGUACACACACACAGUUCUUUAUACUAUGUCCUAAAGGUAAGGUCAAGGCAAGCAUGUUUCUCAUCAGAGUUUUGCUUAGAACUUUAACUAUUUUCCAACCCAACAAUAAUCUUAAAUGAACGUAGGACUUUAGAGGACUCUUCAAUUCUGACUUUAACUACCAAUACUUAACUUGGCAGCUUUUGACCUUAUUUAAAAAAAGGGUAUGAUUUAAGCUGUCACCAAUUUAAUUCAUUUUGUGUUGCUUAAAUAAUAGGGUUUGCCCUCAAAAUAGUAGAUUUGUCACCAAAAUGUAGUCAACAAACAAUAUAAAAUCAAUUCCACAAUAAAUUACUUACCGAAAAUCAUGGAGAUACGGGGUCAAGUACCAAAUAAAUGGUUUUGUAUGUAUUAUAAUAGGUUUGUCCUAAUAGUAUUUAAGCAAACUAAUUUAAAGAGAUCACCAAUAAAUCAUAUAUUAUAUCACUAGAAAAUUUCAUGAAGGUCUCAAAAUGUAGGGUGGUCGUCAUCAUCCUUUCAACCAAAAGAGUCUACUACUUAACUGGCCAUGUGCCUCCCCCAAGGGUCUUAAUUUCCACAGGUAGUAUAAAUAUAUUUAAAUUAAAUUUCUAGCUGAAUAGUAAAUAAAACACCUAAUUAUUGUAUGAUCGUACCUACAACCAACCUACCUCUACAACCCAUUCGUUGAGGCCCGAAAGCGCGCCAAUUUGUCUCCCUUCCCUUCCUCUUCACUUUGAACAUAUUUUCAUUAAAAUUAUAAACUGAUGUAUUAAAUUGGUAACGAAUACAUUAUUUUAAUAACUGAACUAAAUAAAAUGUAACUAAUGUAUUGGUGACAAAAUAACAAAUAAAAAGGAGUUGCAGUCAGGGAUCGAUUAAUCGAUUUAUUUGGUGACAGAUCUACCAUUCUGAACACCAAGCUUUUAUUUAAGUAAUAAAACUAUUAUUAUAAGAACGAAGUUUAUAUUCAUGUAAUGCACUACAAUUUUAUUGGUAAUCCAUUUCAUAUUUUACACAUCAUAUUACCAAUAAUUUGGUAAUUCAUACCUGGGAACACUCUUUGUUUAUCUGAGAACGAAAAUAUUUCGUGGAGAUAGAUCAAUUUAUUAGGUGAUACAACUUGAUGUCAAAUAUAAAUUUUGGUGACAAAAAAUAUAGUUCCCAAAAAAAAAAACUUUUCUCAAUAUUUUGUACCGCGUGAACAAGCACCACUUAAAUCUGUAUCUACCUCGCGGAAACCAUACCCCAAAACAAAUGAAAACCAAAGACUACUCGAGAUAUGACCUAACAAUACACAACACGAAAUAACACUAUACAUGGUCAAUCUGAUAAUCUCGGAGCUAAAACAAUACGACAUUUUUUUUAAAGGGUAGUAUUUAAACGAAUAUCAAAAAAUAUCCUUUUUCUUUGCAAUAAGAUUCCGAAUUCCCAUCAAAAUUACUGAUUGCACAGCAAAAUAUUUAACUCAAAAUAUUACUAAACACACUACAAUUUAUUUUCGCAGCGUACAACGAUUUUGCCUAAAGCAAAAGCUUUCAUUAAUGCACAGC